GUAUUAAAUCUAUAAAAGUCCAUCCUCUCUCUCUUGCACCACCUGUCCACCUCACAUCAAAACACAAAAGCAGUUUGUUGUUCUUUCUUUUCAAAUUUUGGAAAGGAAGUAGGAGGCGCGGGUAUACACACUACACACUACACACACAAACAAAACCCACCACCGGCACCAGAGCGAGCCAGGCAGCCAACAGUCAAACCACGACGCUUUACGGCACCGCGCCGCCCGCAUCACCACCGCGCCAGCCACCACACGUCACGCGCCCACGCCUCAACCUCGACCCUAGGGCCUCAGCUCCUCGGUGCUUCACCUUUUAAUUAGAACCCUAGUCUCUAUCUUCCUUCAUCCGUCUAAUUCCCUACCGAAAGUCGAGUCGUUUCACCACACUUAAGGUCAGAUGGAAGCUGCAAAACCCAACUUUUUGGUACCUGCCCUUUGAAAUCUGGUCAUUUCCCAACUGAUGCCCGAAGUUCCAGCUAGUGCAUCCCUUGCUGACCCAGAUUGCUCUGUGGAAAAAAUGUCGAAUCUGUACAGGAAGCUUUAUGAUAAGUACACCAAGCUCAAGAAUAGGAAACUGCUUGAGUUUGAUGAGCUGAAUAAAGAACAAGAAGUUAAAUUUAUGAAAUUUUUGUCUGCCGCAGAAGAGUUGAUAGAGGACUUGAAGAAUGAAAAUGUCCAGCUGCAUGACCAACUCAAUGAAUUGAGAAGUGAGGUGUCUUCAGUUAGGCUUGCCAAACUCAAAGAAGUGGCUGAUUAUCAAAAUCUUUUCCUGGAGGAAAAAAAGAAAAAUGAAGCUCUUACUGAAGAAGUUGAGAAGUUGCUACAACAGCAGCAGGAACGAACUUCUCGUGUUUUAAGUAACAGUAAGGUCAUGAUCGAAAAUGGCCAGCUGAAGCCUAUCUCCAAUAGUUCAGAGAGAUCAUCUACAAGAAUGACAAGAAAACGUAGUUGGCAGGCUGCAUUGGAAAAUGAAACAAGUUUUAUAUCUGCCGAGAACAGGGAAGAUGACUCUGUCGUGAGAGUGUCAAUGCAAAACAUGCACAAGGAGAUGGCAUCUGGUAAGAAGCAGCUGCUGGAGUCCUGUACUAAUGUUAAUGAUAAAUUAGGAGUUGCUUCUGUGCAAAGUGAUAAUUGUAAUUGGCUUAUUCAAGAGCUUUUCGAACAUGCACUGGGCAUGAAAUUAUCUGCUGACUAUCAAACUGGAACAAUAAGCCUUUCUGCACUGCAUCAAUCUAGCGGCUAUUCCUUCACUUUAACCUGGAUUAGCAAAGCACCUGAAGAGGAAGCAGAAUUGCUGUACCAUGUUCUUUCCUUAGGCACAUUUGAAAGAGUGGCUCCAGAAUGGAUGAGGGAGGACAUCAUCUUCAGCCCAACCAUGUGUUCCAUCUUCUUCGAAAGGGUGUCCCAUGUUAUCAAGUUGCACCACUGACUUUGAAUAUAAAGGCAAGGAAAAAAAAAAGUGAGAAUCCACUGACUUUUAUUUUAGAUGCUUUGAUUUGAUUGGUUUCCGCUUCAUCUUAAUGGAGUUUGUAAUAUAGUAAGAGUUACAGAGCUAUCAUUAGUUGUAAAAAUGGAUAUUAAACUUC